AAUCGUAGAGCCCCUUCAAAGCCUAUCACCCUCAACUGAUUAUCAAGCCCUAUCAAAAAAGUAAACCUACAAGCAUAAUAAUAAUAUUCUUGUUGCGAUAAUAUAAAGCAUAAUGGAGGAAUUGUCUACUGAAGAGCAGGACCUGAUCAAGAAUAUCUAUAGAGUAUUGGACAAGGAUAACGAAGGUGCCAUCACAUCGAAGGAAUUGGCACAGGUAAUCCGAGCAUUAGGUCGACAGCCCAACGAAGCGGAGGUUCAGUCCUUGAUAAACGAGGUGGACUCUGAUGGAAACGGAUCCAUUGCGAAGGAGGAGUUUUGCAAUGUGAUUCUGCGCAAGAUGCACGAUACAAAUAAGGAGGAGGAGCUGCGCGAUGCAUUUCGCGUUUUUGAUAAGGAGAACAAUGGGUAUAUCUCUACUACCGAGUUGAGGGCUGUCUUCAUGGCACUUGGUGAGAAAUUGGAAGACGACGAGCUGGAAGAGAUGAUACGCGAGUACGAUUUAGAUCAGGAUAAUCACAUUAAUUUCGAGGAGUUCACCAACAUGAUGACCACCCGUUAAAAAACCACCCUUCAACAACGCACACGUGUUCCAAAUUACAAUCAUACUGCAGUUAAAGAAAUAGUUUAUGGCUUAUUGUUAAAUUAUUUUAUUUCAAAGACAUUUGAAUUUUUUCGAACUCGAAUAAUAAAUGCGCCCAAGACUUCGCACUACGACUGACUAGAGGGCGCUG